GGUGCCACUAGCGCGUCUGCCGCGCUCCCGGCUUCUCUUUCCCCUCCGAGGCGCAGCGGCUGCCCAGACAUUCCGGCUGCCGGGACUGGAUAACUCCCCGAACCCCUCCGCGGAGAGGAGUGAGGCGGCGCCUGGGUGCCGUCCGGAGUGCGCUUGGUCUUGGAGAAGUGGGGACGAGGCUGGAGGAUGAGCGGCUGAGGGCGACGCGGGCACUGAUGCGAGUUGGGGCCGCGACCACCGGCAGCUGGCAGCGCGAUGAGCGAGUCCCCGGAGACGCCCUAGCCUGGUGCGCGCGCCGGGCGGAGCGCGCAGGUGGGGCUGGUCUCUCCGCGGUCCGCCCCGCGUGGGUCCCCUACCGGCCCAGGAUGGGCGCUGGCAACCCGCGUCCGCGCCCGCCGCUGCUACCCCUGCGCCCGCCACGAGCCCGGCGUCCGGCCCACGCCUUGCGCUCAUGGACGGCGGCUCCCGGCUGGCGGCGGCGCGCCCCCGGGCUGUGAAUGCGACUCGCCCCUCGGCCGCGCUCCCCGCCCGCCCGCCCGCCGGGACGUGGUAGGGGAUGCCCAGCUCCACUGCGAUGGCAGUUGGCGCGCUCUCCAGUUCCCUCCUGGUCACCUGCUGCCUGAUGGUGGCUCUGUGCAGUCCGAGCAUCCCGCUGGAGAAGCUGGCCCAGGCACCAGAGCAGCCGGGCCAGGAGAAGCGUGAGCACGCCUCUCGGGACGGCCCGGGGCGGGUGAACGAGCUCGGGCGCCCGGCGAGGGACGAGGGCGGCAGCGGCCGAGACUGGAAGAGCAAGAGCGGCCGUGGGCUCGCCGGCCGUGAGCCGUGGAGCAAGCUGAAGCAGGCCUGGGUCUCCCAGGGCGGGGGCGCCAAGGCCGGGGAUCUGCAGGUCCGGCCCCGCGGGGACACCCCGCAGGGGGAAGCACUGGCUGCAGCCGCCCAGGACGCGAUUGGCCCGGAACUCGCACCCACGCCCGAGCCACCAGAGGAGUACGUGUACCCGGACUAUCGCGGCAAGGGCUGCGUGGACGAGAGCGGCUUCGUGUACGCGAUCGGAGAGAAGUUCGCGCCGGGCCCCUCGGCCUGCCCGUGCCUGUGCACCGAGGAGGGGCCGCUGUGCGCGCAGCCGGAGUGCCCGAGGCUGCACCCUCGCUGCAUCCACGUCGACACGAGCCAGUGCUGCCCGCAGUGCAAGGAGAGGAAGAACUACUGCGAGUUCCGGGGCAAGACCUAUCAGACUUUGGAGGAGUUCGUGGUGUCUCCAUGUGAGAGGUGUCGCUGUGAAGCCAACGGUGAGGUGCUGUGCACAGUGUCAGCGUGUCCCCAGACGGAGUGUGUGGACCCUGUGUAUGAGCCUGAUCAGUGCUGUCCCAUCUGCAAAAACGGUCCAAACUGCUUUGCAGAAACCGCGGUGAUCCCUGCUGGCAGAGAAGUGAAGACUGACGAGUGCACCAUAUGCCACUGUACUUACGAGGAAGGUACAUGGAGAAUCGAGCGGCAGGCCAUGUGCACAAGACAUGAAUGCAGGCAAAUGUAGAUGCUUCCCCGAACACAAACUCUUGACUUUUUCUAGAACAUUUUACUGAUGUGAACAUUCUAGAUGACUCUGGGAAAUAGCAGUCAAAGGAGAAGACUUAUGAUGAGGAAUAAUGGAAAAUUGUUGGUACUUUUCCUUUUCUUGGUAACAGUUACUACAACAGAAGGAAAUGGAUAUAUUUCAAAACAUCAACAAGAACUUUGGGCAUAAAAUCCCUCUCUAAAUAAAUGUGCUAUUUUCACGUAAGUACACAAAAGUACACUAUUAUAUAUUAAAUGUAUUUCUAUAAUCCCUCCAUUAGAGAGCUUAUAUAAGUGUUUUCUAUAGAUGCAGAUUAAAAAUGCUGUGUUGUCAACCGUC